AUGGGAGACGGAUCAGUCCGACCUGUGGAUCGUGGGAAGCCCUCCGCGGCCCUCAUCGAAUUCAUCGAGUCCAAGCCCGAGGUUCUUUCCAACAUUCUUAAGAAACGCCGACCCAAAGCCCUCAUUCCUGGCUGCGGCAAAGGCUACGAUGUUGUAGCUUUAGCCCUGCAUGGGUUCGACACCUAUGGUCUUGAAAUCUCCGGGAAGGGAGCUGCGACGGCACGACAAUCAGGGCUGCCGUCAGAUCACAUUAACAAUCAGAUAUAUCAAUCAGAUCAAUCAAUUUAA